AUGGACGACAGAACAACGAACCCCGGCCAGUCCACGGGCGCUGCACAUACUCAGGACACAGAGGAUGGCGUCGGCUUGUCUGCAGCCUCCAGUGGAAGCCCUGGAAGCAGUCGCGAGGGCGCCCAGACGCGGGCCGGUGACACUUCCUCGCCUGCAGGUACGGCUGCAGUCGAGCAACCCUUGGCGUUGACCAACGAGGCGCCUUCCGCUGCCGUCACACCAGACACGAGGCGAGAGAUUGCACAAGAACGCAAUGGAAAUUCAGAAAGAGACGAUACAAACGCCAAUAGGACCGCCCGAGAAGAAAAUGCCGCCGGCGACGUUGCUGGCGGCGCCGGCGCUGCAACCAACACGCUUCUUCCCAUCCGGACCUUGCCAGACCUCGUACCACCGCGAGCCGCACCAGUCCAAACGACCGCCACCUCGUCGAACUCUCGCGUCGAAUUUUCGCCCGAUACCCGGUUUGUCGGUCCGGACGGGCAGGUUGUGGCCUUCUCAUCCGUCAUGUACCCGCUCCGAUCAAGCUUCGUAGCGGAGGGCUCGCCUCUAUCCACACGCAGGCGAAGCAGCCUCCGUCAACAAUUCAUUCCUCCGCGAGAGCGAUCGCAGAGGCAUCGCCGAGAGGUGCCCGAGUUCUCUCUCCCUAGGUGGCAGCCCGAUGCCGAGGUGACCCUCUGUCCCAUCUGCCACACGCAGUUCAGCAUAUGGGUGCGAAAGCACCACUGCAGGAAAUGCGGACGGGUCGUCUGCAACUCGUGCUCCCCUCACCGAAUCACGAUCCCGAACCAAUACAUUGUCCGCCCCCCAGACUCGGACGUUUCCUUCGCCUCGAGCCUGUUUGCGGACCCGAUGGGAGCCAGUUUCCUGGAGCAUGACGGCAUGCCUGGUGGUGAACGGGUCAGACUCUGCAACCCCUGCGUUCCCGACCCGAACACGGCGCCGCCGCAGAGCCCGACGCCGCAUUCACCGCGCUCACCGCAUCACAGGUCCCGGAGCAGCCUCAGCAAUGCAUACGGCGGGAUGCCUACACUGCCAGGGAUCCACGAUUCAUCCCAAUAUCUCAGUUCUCGCACAAGGAGUAUUGCCCUGAACCCCUCUGCAAGGGGGCACGAUCCGGUACCGACAUCGAGCCGCAGUGCCUCAUAUCAGACUCCCUUCGAACAGUACCUAUCUAUGCGCCCCGGGCGUGCUGGGCCGUCCCAGUUCAGCACCCGGCCAGGACUGUUCGAGGACGCGGCGACGCCGUCCUCCUCCCGGCACCGGGCGCUGCCGCCGACGCCCCAGAUCGCGGAAGAGGACGAGUGCCCCAUAUGCCACCGAGAGCUACCGGCCACCACGCUUCCCGACUUCGAGACGCAGCGCGAGCAGCACAUCACGGCGUGCAUCCAGUCCCACAGCACCUACGGCGGCAGCCCGUCACCCCUCGCCGAGGGCGUCGCGCCGGCCCCGCCCCGCCGCAGCGGCAUGUACACGUACGCAGCGACCGAGAAGGACUGCGUCGAUGACGCCGAGUGCACCAUCUGCCUCGAGGAGUUCGCCGUCGGCGUGCCCAUGGCGCGCCUCGAGUGCCUCUGCCGCUUCCACCGCGCCUGCAUUGCGGCCUGGUUCGUGAACCACCCUGGGCGGUGCCCAGUGCACCAGCACGACGGCUUCGGAUUCUAG